GCCGGCGGGCAGGCCUCAGCCUCCUCCCCCAAGGCCACUGCAGCCCCGCCUGAGCCGCCUGACCCGCCACCAUGGUCCGAUGCCGCGUGCGGAGUCCGAGCGAAAGUCCGCAGCAGGGCUCUGGGCAGCAGCGCGAAAACGAGCGCCAGGACCAGGACCAGGAGCUGAGGCCGGAGGAUGUCCCGGUCUAUGGCAGGACCCACAGGGGCCGCUACCACUACAGACACAGGAGCCACACGCGGCGGCGGCGCCGCUCCUGCCGGAGGCGCAGGAGACGCGCCUGCCGGCACAGGCGGCACCGCAGAGGCUGCAGACGGAUCAGGAGGAGGAGAAGAUGCAGAAGGAGGCUCUAAGCCUCCCUGGGCCCAUCACACCCCUGGUUGGAAAUGAAGGAAAAGAAAAAGUCACCUGCCAGGAACCACCUCUCGAGACCAUAGCAAUCCCCCAUGGAUGCCCAGGCCCUGUGUUUGCAAGGAG